AUGCUGAGUACACGAGCAAAUAAUAUCCCAUUUUAUGGGAAGGUUUCAACCUUACGUAAGUUUUUGCACGACAUUGGGUUUGAACAUAAAAAAAGGAAUAACAACCGGUAUUUAGUGGAACAACCACACAUCAUUGCGGCCCGGAUUGAAUAUCUUGGAAAAUAUAAAAAUUAUUUAGAACAAAACAGACGAUUUAUUUUUCAAGAUGAAUCCUGGACUUUCCGCAAUGGUACCGGGAAGACUCAUGAGUGGCAGGAUUCUAGCACUCGAAGCGUUUCGGUAAAGAAAGCUUCAACUGGGCCACGGUAUAUUGUUUGUCAUGCAGGAGGAAGAGAUGGUUUUGUUAAUGGCGCUUCUCUGAUUGUAAACACCCAAAAAAAACCUAAACAAUAUGACGACUAUCAUGGUGAUAUGAAUGCGGAGAUGUUUAAAAAAUGGUUGACCGAAAAAUUGUUGCCAAAUAUAGAAGAACCAUCGGUAAUUGUUAUGGACAAUGCCUCUUACCAUUCCACGCAGUCGGAAAAACAACCGGUAUCUUCUUGGAAAAAGGAUGAGUUGAUUGAAUGGUUAAUUGAAAAUAAAAUUCCGCAUGACCCAAGAUCUCGCAGAGAUGAUCUUCUUAAGUUAUGUCAGAAUUACAAAAAACCAACCAGCCAUGAAAUAGAUUCGUUGAUCCAGGAAAGCGGACAUGAGAUUUUAAGAUUGCCGCCGUAUUGUUAUGUUUACAACCCUAUAGAAUUGGUUUGGGGUCAGUGUAAGCGCUACUAUGAUGCCCAUAUGGCACCAGAAUGUGACUAUUCCGAGGAGAAAGCGAUGGAAGUUUGGUCUGAAGCUUUAUCCCAAGUUACCCCAGAACGUUAG